UAAAUUUGUCCCCUUCCAUACUCUUCAUAGUCCUUUUCUUGUACAAACUCCAACAUACUCUUCACACUUCACAAAAAAGUUCUCUUCUUUUUCCUUCUCCCUAUCUUCCAAACUUCCUUUCUUCUUCAACAACUAUGGUUCCAAAUCCCUCUCAUUUUUUCCUCUCCUUCACCCUUCUCCUCUUUCUCCUCUCCACAAAAUCAUCAUCUCAAUCCACUAAUCUUGACCCUAACCAACUCAAAGCCCUCAGAUCACUUAGUGUCCCAACAGGAAAAGACCCUUGUUCUCCCCUUCACAAAAUCACCACUUGUGACUCUUCAACACCCUUUCAUCACCUUAUUUCCCUCAAACUCAUAAACUGUUCAAGUGAUGUUACACUGUCACAAACAUCUCUUAAAGCUCUCUCCACUCUCCAAGACUUGCAAUUCAUCAACUGUCCUGUUUCUCCUAUUCAUUUCCCCUCUGAACUUUCCUCCAAUCUCCAAUCCUUCACUUGUGUAAAUUCCCUCAAGAAACUCACUAGCAUUUGGCUAAUUCGAUUGCGUAAUGUGGUAAGUUUAACGGUGUCACAUGUUAAUGUUUCUGCUAGUGGCCCUUCUAUCAUCUUGAACAGUAUCAAGAACUUGCAUACUGUCACUAUUUCUCAUGCAAAUCUUAAAGGGGUUCUUCCUACAAGAUGGCAUAUGAAUUUAACUUAUGUAGAUUUAUCUGCUAAUCAGCUAAAAGGGAAAAUACCAAGUUCUUUAACUGAGCUUGAAAAUCUAGUUCACUUGAAUCUUUCUUCAAAUUCACUCAAUGGGACUAUACCAAAUUCAUUUGGUAACUUGCUUUCUCUGAAAAAUGUUUCAUUAGCUUCAAAUGCUCUAUCUGGAAGCAUCCCGAAAUCGAUUGCUGCAAUUCCUGGAUUAGUCCAUCUCGAUCUUGGAUCAAACCAAUUAAAUGGUACUGUCCCAAAGUUCAUAUCAGAUAUGAAGGAAUUGAAGUACUUGAAUCUUGAAAGGAAUAAUUUCAAGGGUGUUUUGCCAUUCAAUGCUUCUUUCAUAAAGAAAUUGGUUGUGUUCAAGGUGGGAGAAAAUUCAAAUCUUUGUUACAAUCACUCAACAUUGUCUUCAAAACUGAAACUUGGCAUUGCCCCUUGUGAUAAACAUGGAUUGCCAUUGUCACCUCCACCUCCCAAGGAAGAUUUCAGUAAUGAUACCAAAGAUCACGAAGAUGAUGAUAGUCCACCACCUAAACAUGAACAUGGACCAAGCAGGGUUGUUUUUGGUGUGGCCAUUGGACUUUCAUCUAUUGUGUUUUUGAUUAUUUUCUUGGUUCUAUUGUCCAAAUGUUGUAAAUGAUGAUGAGUGAGACAAAUUCUUGAUCCAGUUAGGUUAGGCAAAAUGUCCCUUAUUAGGAUUUGAAAAUUUGUUCAUUAUACUUGGAUCUUGAGAAGAGAGUAGAAUGCUAGAGUGGUUAGUUAUUCAAAUUGUGUGUGAUUCUACAAGCACUUUUGUUGAAGGAGAAAAGCUCCAAUUCAGUGA